AUGGUGGAGGGUGAAGGGGAUGCCCAUGAUGGUGAUGGUGAGGUCCAUACUGAAGUUGGAACAGAAAUGGUGGGGGAUGAGGGGGAUGCCCAUGAUGGUGAUGGUCUGGAUCAUACUGUUGUAGGAACAAAAAUGGUUGAGGGUCAGGGUGAUGCCCAUGAGGGUGAAGGUGAUGGGGGUGAUGCCCAUGAGGGUGAAGGUGAUGGAUAUGAGGGUGAUGGUGAGGAUCAUAGUGAUGAUGUUGACGUCCAUGAGGUUGAGGAUGGUGAGGUACAUCAUGUAGAGGAAGCUGAGGUACAUGAUGUAGAUGAUUUUGAGCUAGAGGAUUUAGGAGAGGAUGAUGAUGUAGAGGACAGUGAGAGUGAUGAUGUACAUGAGGCAGAGACUGAGGACGAAGAUGUAGACGUCAGUGAAGGAAGUCUAAUUGAUGUCAGCGUGCAUUGUGACAGUGGGACUUGUAAAGAAAAUGUGGGAGAACAAGGUUCCAGUGCAUUACUUGAGUCUGAACGGUCAACAGAUAAUGAAUUUAUUCAUGAUGUCUGUGGGUUGUCUGACAAUGAGAGGCUCUCAGAGGAGUUGAUUAGUGGAUCAGUACGUGAGGACACUGAUGGGAGGACUAAGAUAAGGUUUCCCACUUUUAGUAUGCCUAAAACUUGGUGGGUUAUAAAAGGGAAGUAG